GGCCCGGCGGGAGGCGAGGCGGGGCGGGGCGGGGCCGCAAAGAGGGGAGCGAGCCUCGGUGGCGCCGGCGGGAAGCCGCGCGCCCGGCCGUUGGGGCCGUUGGGGCCGCGCGCGCCCCAGCGGCUGGCGGGGGCGGUGGGGGCUGCCCCCGUCGCCCGCCUUCCGUUCCCGUUCCCGUUCCUUCCCUUCCCCUCCUCUCCCGCUCCCGCCCGGCCCCAGCCCGGCUCCGCUCGGCUCGGCACUGUGAUUGGGCGGAAGAUGGCGCUGGGCGGAUGGAAAUCCUAAUGACAGUCUCCAAAAUCGCCUCCAUCUGUACCAUGGGCGCCAAUGCCUCAGCUUUGGAGAAAGAGAUUGGUCCAGAACAAUUUCCAGUCAAUGAGCACUAUUUUGGUUUGGUUAAUUUUGGGAAUACAUGCUACUGCAAUUCAGUUCUUCAGGCACUUUAUUUCUGUCGACCAUUUAGAGACAAGGUCUUAGCAUACAAGAGUCAACCAAGAAAAAAGGAGAAUCUCCUUACAUGCUUAGCUGAUCUCUUCCAUAGUAUAGCCACCCAGAAGAAAAAAGUUGGAGUAAUACCUCCCAAGAAAUUUAUAACAAGAUUACGAAAAGAAAAUGAACUUUUUGAUAACUAUAUGCAGCAGGAUGCACAUGAGUUCUUAAACUAUCUAUUAAAUACAAUUGCGGAUAUCUUGCAAGAGGAAAGAAAACAAGAGAAACAAAAUGGUCGCCUACCUAAUGGCAACAUCGACAAUGAAAAUAACAGCCCACCAGACCCAACCUGGGUUCAUGAAAUCUUUCAGGGAACAUUAACUAAUGAAACCAGAUGUCUUACUUGUGAAACUAUAAGCAGCAAAGAUGAAGACUUCUUAGACCUUUCAGUUGAUGUGGAGCAGAAUACUUCAAUCACUCAUUGCUUAAGGGGUUUCAGCAAUACAGAAACUCUGUGCAGUGAAUACAAAUAUUACUGUGAAGAAUGUCGCAGUAAGCAAGAAGCACAUAAAAGGAUGAAAGUAAAAAAGCUGCCUAUGAUUCUAGCUCUCCAUUUGAAGAGAUUUAAAUACAUGGAUCAGCUGCAUCGAUACACAAAACUCUCUUAUAGAGUAGUUUUUCCUUUAGAGCUUCGCUUAUUUAACACCUCAGGAGAUGCCACCAAUCCUGACAGAAUGUAUGACCUUGUUGCUGUGGUAGUUCAUUGUGGAAGUGGCCCUAACAGAGGACAUUAUAUUGCAAUAGUGAAGAGUCAUGAUUUUUGGUUGCUUUUUGACGAUGAUAUUGUUGAGAAAAUUGAUGCACAAGCUAUUGAAGAAUUCUACGGGUUGACAUCAGACAUCUCAAAGAACUCUGAGUCUGGUUACAUCCUCUUCUAUCAGUCUCGGGAUUGAGGGUGAACUGUAGUGAAGAGAGAUUUUUUUAUGCCUCACAUCUUCUCUAUCUUGGAAUGGAGCAAGCACUGAAAAAAGGGAAAGCAGGGAGCUCCAGGGGCAGUAGCACAGUUUGCACACAACGAAGCAAAAGUUUGGGAUUCUUAAAACCUAUGUAUCAUUGUCAUUUGAUUUGCUCAGGUAUCAUGCUGACUACACAUCUCCACUGCAUCCCAUAAGCAAAAAGAGAGAUACCAGCCACUCUUGCAGGAGCUUUCCUUUAGGUAAUACUGUGUCUGUGAUCCUAAUUCAAAGCCCAUUAAGGUCACUGGAGAACCUUCCAUGGUCUUCAGUGAAAUUUGAAUCAGGUUCUAACUGCACUGCCAGACUGGUGCAAUAGGAGCAUUAGAAAUCUGUAUUUUAUACAGACUUUGUGUAUAAAAGGUAAAAGACUCUUUGUGAACUAAGUUUCCUGAGCUCAAGUUUAAAAGAAUGAGGUUGGGAGGGUUAGCAUGUAAGCAAGAAGAUAUAUCUGGGCCCAACACAAUUGCCUUCUUGAUGGUAGUAGUUUAACUGAAGAUAUAAACUGGUGUCAGGGAGGCAAGUUUGUUUUGCUUCUCUGAAGAAGCUUACGUUAUUUAUAAUGUAUGAUCGGGAACAAUCAGUCAAGAUUAUGGCUUUUAAUCUCCGUAUGGGGAAAGAUUUGGUUUGUAAUAGUUUAUUUUUAUUUAUAAAUUAUUGUAACUUAGGAUCUUGUGUAUUGUCCUUUAUUCUAACAAGUAUUGGAAAUUUUAUAUAUUAAUUUGAAUUAAAACUAGUUAUGUUUAAAUGUUAAAGAAGAACCAAUAUAAAUUCUAAAAACAAUGCCUACAAUAUCUGUAAAAAAUAAUAACGAGAGAUUUCCUUCUGGAGGAACUGGUAUCUAAGUGAGGUGCUUUAUUUAAUUAAAUUAGAAUAUCCUCUUUCCAUUAAUGAGUGAAAAAAAAAAGUGAUCAAACUAUUACAUAGAAGACUUUAAGAAUGCAUAUCAUAAGGAAGUGAUGGUGCAGUGGUGGUAUACUGGUCUUUAUAGCUCUUUAAUAAUUUGUUAAUGGUUCAUACUCUAAGCAAAUUGUAAUGAUUUGGAUCAGAGUAAACCAUUUAAAGAAUAUUAUUCCCUCUCCUAAAAAUGGAUCCACUUCUGUUUCCAGUGGCAUGGGUGACUAUUUCAAAAACCACUUAAUGUCUCAAGUAUAAAUUAUGUCUCAUUAAUAAGAAGAAAUAGGCUUGGAAUUUCAUGAGACUGAAGAUACCACAUUCCUUUAAAAGUAAUAAUACUUAAAUCCUAGAGUGAAAAUUUCUGAAACUAGGCAGUUUACCUUGCUUUAGGUUUAUGGAACAGCAUUAAGAACUAAAUCUUGAUAAAACACCUGAUCUGUAAGUAAUGUGAACAAUUGUGAUUUGACAUUCUUCCACUUCCCAGUACGUUGUCUGACAGUAGCUGAAUGUAAUUUCUGCAAAGUCAUGGGAUGUACAUUCCGGAUUACGGCAAUCAGGUCUUGGAUGUCCUUGUCACUCCCUCUUCAGCUAGUGAUUUUUACAUUAUUGUAAUUUUCUAAGGUUAUUUUAUUGAUACUGUUACAACUUUUAAAAAGAAUGUCUCCUGUCUGCUGCUAUAACUGACUAUUUACUUACCUGUAUCUUUUAGCUCAGGAAAUGACUUCACCUAUUCACUCAGUUCAACAAAUCUUUAACAGGGUCACUAAAUAAAUUGGGCUAUUUAGCAACUGUCAUAUUGUAACAAACUGCUUUUGUAAAAUGCAAAGUUUCUAAAGCCUUGGUUUGGCUAGAAUUCUUUUAUAGAAAAUUAUGUAUCAUGAUUAAACUACCAGCAUUGUAAAGUAAAGCUUAAAUAUUGUGGGAGAUGCAGAAAAUAUGAUUGGAUUUUUCUUAAAGGAUUCAAAUAAUUUUAAAAACUUUUUCAGCUUUCAGUGGGAAGAGGGUUAAGGGGUGAAUCAAUUGGAUAAUGGUGCACAUUAGAAGGAUGAAGUCCUUUACAUACUAAAGGUACAGUAUUGUAAAAGAACUGUCACAUUACUUUUUGCUAAUUGAAAAUGUUUGGUCCUUUUUUUUAUUUUUUUUUUUUUUUUUUGAUGUAGUUAAUAUCUGAGGCUAGUUGCUAAAUUUUUUAUACCCUAACAAAAUUUAAAACAUUUUUGUUGUUUCACUGGUUUUACUUCUGCUAUGUAUUUUUAUAAGAUACUGACUUUUAUUUUGUAUAGCAUUUUUGAGAUAGGAUUCCAAAUUAUAGAUUUCAUUUUUCUUUUAGUGCAGCUGAAAUAAUUACAAGUUCUUAAUUAAACUGAUAUCAAAAACUGCAACUUUAAAAAAAAAAUUAAGAAAGGCAGGGAAGUACAAAAUAUAACUGAUUGGUAUGUAAAACAUUAUAGGAUUUUUUUCUUGGCUGUAAUACAGUGGGGAGUGUGGGGAAGUUGUCAGUUGUUGUAAAUGGUGGAAAUUAUUUGCUGUGUAACUAUGUAAAUGUUAAUUGGGACUACAGUCCCUUAUUUUGUAUAUUGGAGCAAAAAACUUCUAUUAAAUAAAGUAUGUUCUCUAAAGGUAAGUACUGUAUCCUUUGUGGAGCCCAAAUGGUCAGUCAGCUGCCUUUUGUGCUUUUCAGUGUUUUCAAACUUAAAAAGUAUCUGGAAUUUCUUGUAUUAGCUAACUGCCUUGAGCCAUGGAGGGGGAAGUGUGUUUAAAUACACUGCAUUUUAUAUAUUUCUAGAAGUGUUGUUAUAAAAAUAGUUUGGUGGCAGCCAUGUUUUUGGUGGUGUACUUCUCUAGAAUUAGAUUUUAAGUUGUUGGUUUCUGAGGUAGAGGAGGGAGUGUUUUGAAAUAUUGUUCUUACUUGACUUCCAUUUCCUCAAAAAAAGCUGCACCUCGCUAUGAAAUAUGCAUGAGUUACCUAAGUGAUUUCUUGGAUUGCCACUUUGUGGGAGGGAAAACAGAAGGAAAGAAAAAUGGGAAUAUUUACAGCACUGACAUAUGAGACAGACUGACCAAAGAACGGGAGUCCAGCAUCAGGAGAAAAAGAUGCAGCUGGUGACAGUAUCCAUGUAUGAUUCGGUAUCCAGGAAUUCUUCACUUGGAGUAUACACUGCUGUUUGUAAUGAGUAUAUGUACUUACAGUUCUACAAACAGUUCAUACCCUGCCAUGUUUGUAGUUGUGAUGACCACAUCCAUAGCCUUUCAUUGCAUGGAAGUAGUGACUUUUAGGUGUUCAGGUACUUGUAUGAAUGGUUAAAUCGCAUUGUGUUCUCAGAAGUUAGUCAUAAAUCAGACUGCCUAUCUUUAGGUGACAUUCAGAUGUUAGUACGUAGGGAUUCGAUGCCGCCUCAGAUCUUCUGCCAUACCCUUCGACGUCUGCAUGGGACUGGCAGGUAUAACACCAGAUCCACGGAAGAUCCACACCCUUCUGGAGCAGCAGCUUGAAGCCAGACAGGACAUCCUGGCUUUUUCCCCAUGUCUCUGUCUCAGUGUUUCCACAGGCACUAUUGCAUAUGCACUGUUUGGAUCACAUACAGAUGAAAGUCUGUAUUGCUUGGUUACUAUUUUGUGGUGAUGUUUGUAAAGUUUAAAACCUGAAGUAUCUGAGUCCUCUAGUUACUUACAUAAUUCCCUUAUUAAAAGAACUUUAUCUUGUGCUGUUUGGUCCGGUCUCUCAACUGUAGGUUUAAGAUGAUCCUGUAGUGUCUUAUUAUUAAGCUCAUCCUUGUAACUAAAAGAAAUUUCGAUAUGCAAAAUCUUCGGUCUUUAUUUACCAAAACUUACUUGGCCUUGUUUCUUCAUACCUUUUUCUACAGAAAUUUCCAAUUGCCCUUACUGGAAGGAUCUUAGCUGUGUACAGUUAAUGUCAUAAACAGAUCCUCAUAACUUUCUUCAUAACUGUUCCUUCAAAAUUAGUAGUUGUACCUUAGCAUUCUAUACUUCCACAAUGUGGAUUAUAAAAGAACAGGGUUGAAUUCUCCUACACACAAAGCUUUGUCUGCUAAUACACGUGAAGCAGUGACAUCUAUUUUUUUCUGUUUAACUGCUGACUGUUCAAUGACAGAAUUCAGCUUGGCCUGAAAGACUGAGAGUGGAGACUUCUAGAAAGUGUUGAAAAUGCAUCAACAACUGAGGAUGCCCAAAAAGUUGAGGAGUGGGUGGGUUGGUUGUUUUUCAUUUGUUUUUUUGGUGUGUGUUUUUUUUAAGUUGCCUGAGAGCAGUUAUUUGAAAUGAUAUUCAUAGAUUAAACCAGCAGUACAUGUAUCUCUUCAGUUACAUUUUUCUGUAAGAGGAGAAGACUUCAUUUCAGUACAUGUUAGUAAUCCGUGGGCUGCAGUGUUAUAUUGCAGAUACUUUUGUGACUUUUUUCUAGAAGUUGAAAUGAUCCUGAGGUGGUUUGCUUUUCAAGAGUGACUUUGCAAUGUAAAUUGUCCACUUUUCUUCCCACAUUUGUCUGGGUUGAUCUUAAUUUUGUGUGUCUUAGAAAUUCAGUCUUUGUUUUCCUUCUUGAUAAUGCAGUAUGCACAUUUUAUGGUUUCUGUCUUGUAAGGCUUCAGAGUCCUCUAAACUAUGACAGUAUAACGUGAGAUGUGUAAUACAUUAGUCUCUUUACAUGUGAGCCUCCAAGUACUCAGUUAUUACUGAAAUUAAUAUUCUACGUAAUCUGUAUUCAAGGGUUGUUCAUUUUGCAGCAGCUUUGCUACUGAUUGAUUGUUACAAAUGAACUAUGCAAGUCAACUACCAUGCCAACAAAUACAAGCUUCACCUUUAAAUACAGAGAUCUCUGCAGUCUAUUGUUUCCAGUUUUAAAGAUAGUGUGGUGAGGCAGAAAUAAACUUUCUUCAGUCUGUAUUAAAAAAUGUCUGCAAAAUUGUUUGCCUCUUACCCUUUUUAUUUUUUUUGAGUUUAUUUUUAGGCUAAACCUAAGAAUCUGCUGUUAUGGUUGAUGAAUCCCUUUGGGGGAACUUGUGCAAGAAUGUGUUGUAUAUAGAAGGAGGUUUAUUUGCAGACAUCAUCAGUUUUGAAAUGAACUGAGUAAUAUCUUCCAGUUUCUUCCCAAAGGUACAAAUAAAUUAUAUUCUUUCAAAUCUCUAA